AAUAGACCACUUCCACCAUUUUGUUGCACACAAAUCUUUGUGCCGUGUGCUUGUGUCAAUUCUGACUCCUAUAAUCACUCUCACACCCAGGACUCUGUUUCUAAGCUAGCACUGUGCUCUUCUUUCUGCACUCUUUUGUGUUCUUUCUUACUUUCAUUCUGUAGUAAUGAAAAUUGAAUUUCCUAAUUACUUCAACUAUUUUGCACCCUUCCCUCCUAUGUAAAGGAAACUUCCUAACUUCAGUUCCUGAGCCUAUAUAACUUGAACUAGCUUCAUCAUUAACCAUCAUCUCACCAUAACCACCACUAGUAUAAAAAAACUUGAUCUUCAUUCCACUAUCACUAACCAUUCUUCUUCUUCUUUAAACCCUUCCAAAACAAAAGGGCUUUUUUGAUUGUUGUCUUAAAUGGAGACACAAUCAUCUAAACGCAGACGCGUUUAUUCAUUGGAACCAAGCAAAGUAGUGCAAUCUUUAUUUGCUAGAAAUUAUUUGAACUACUUAGUUCCAGCAUUGAUGAAGAUAAAGGCAAAGAGUCCUACUUCUGCAGAAGAUAGCUGCAGAGAUUGUGAUGUCAAGAAGAAUGUUAAGUAUGAAGUGGACAUGGCAAUGGUGUUCUCAGCACAAGGUUUUGCAUGGAGUGAAGGUCUUAAACUCAAGCUUCAAAAGGAUCAUGAUGUCAAUGAAAAUGUAGCUGCUGCAAACACAAGCUUUCUUAAAAGUGAGUCUAGUACUGAAGAAGGUUCAUCAAGGAUUUGUGACCAAAAUGAAAUUGUCCCUGUGGAUUUCUGUGCAAACUCUAGUUCAACUUCAAAGUCUCAAUCAGAGUCAGAGAUGCCAGAACUGGAAAAGGGUUUAGGCAGAGAAGAAAUUGAAGAUGAGGAGGAGCAAUUGAAGAGCCUGAGAAAGUUGGUACCUGGAGGAGAAGAGAUUUGUGAUGAAGACAUGGUUGGUGAACUAGAGAGUUAUGUAAGGUGUUUGCAAAUGCAGGUGAAUGUUCUUCAAUGCCUGGUAGCAGAGACAAGUUGAUUUAAUAUUAUAUAUAUCUUGCAUUUCCACAAAGUCAUAGAAACUAUAUAUUAUGUUCAAUUCAAGGUAUGUUAAUUGUUGAAGAAACCAUGGUAACCAAGGUAUGUUAAUUGAAAUUAAGUUUGUUGCAUAUGGUUUUCAAACUUGAUGGAUGACUUUGACAAUGCAGUUUUGUUAAUCUGAGUGUUCAUUUUGUAUACCAAGGCCAUAGGUUGCUAGCAGGUAAAAAAUGAUGAUACAAAUUUCCAUGAGGCUGGCUUAGUAGUUAGUACUUAGUAGCCUUUUGUAUUUUAGAAAAUAGAAAUUUUACCAAUAAGGUAGGUGAUAGAUAGUUGAAUUCUUUAAGUAUCUAGUCCAAAGCCUAGGUUGUGCAUAUGGAAAAUAAUUUGUUGAAAGAUGUAUACUCACUUAAUAUGAAUCCCAAGCCUUGAGAAAUUAAUUUUAUAGUUGUCGAUUGUGGGAAUAUCUUCCAAAACCAAAAAAGAAUGUAAAUUCUUUUAACCCAUGAGAUGGGUUUAAACAUUAAGUGAUUAUAUGUAAACAUAGGUGUUUGCUGUGGUACCUUAAUUUAAAUGAGGGUACGGUACCUUAAAUAAUGUAAAACCUAUUUAUCUCCAAUUUUUUUCACUUCUAAAAGCCUCUUGU